GCAACUGAAAUACUUACUGCAAUGCUUUCCGGAAUGCUUUGUACCUUUAAAGCAAUAAGAUGUUGGACUCAUCGAAAAGAACUCUUUGAAUUUUUACGACAGUUAAAAAUUCUAUGGGAAACAGCUAACUCAAAUAACUUCAUCACUGACAGUAUAUUAGAUACUGUACUUUUUGCAAGAUCAUUACGAAAUUAUUUGACAUACACAUGUAUUGCAUUAGCUGUCAGUUACGGUUUUCCAGCUUACAUUGUUCUUGGCAGCCACUUGAUUUUUUACAGAGAUCAAUACUUUUUCAAUUUAUCCAUCAUAAUAUACCCAGUCGAUUAUCCGUUUGCAAUUAAUUCAUACGGAGUGUACUUCAUGUGUCUCCUCUUCGAACAAGUAGCUGAAUUACUUGCUAUCGUUUUCUGGUUGUGCGGAGAUGCACUUUUCAUUCAAUUAACAACACAUGUUUAUGUUCAAUGCAUGAUAUUAGUCAACAGGCUUCAUGAUAUUAAUAAAAUUAAAAUUGCUUCUUAUGAAGAAAACAACAAAGAACUGGCAGAUAUUAUCUUUCGUCAUCAUCAAUUAUAUUUACACUGCUGCUGGCUCCAAAAAUUUUUCAGUCCUAUAGCAUUUUUCGUGACUUUAAUAAAUGGAGCUAAUCUUUGCUUUUCUUUGUAUCGCGUCGACGGAGAAAUAAAUGAACAAAACUGGAGUAAUCUUUUGAUAAACGUACUCCAUUUGGUCGCAGUUCUCGGACAAACAGUUUUAUAUUGCAAGUAUGCCGACACUUUGGCGGAAAAAUUUGAAGAGAUAAGUUAUGCUGUUUAUUACUCCAAUUGGACUCAUUGCGAUAAAAAAUUCAAAACAAUGAUGAUAAUGAUAAUAGAACGAGCUCAAAAACGAUAUCAAUUUACAAUUUAUGGGAUUAUUACUCUCAAUUUAUUGCAAUUCACAAGGAUCGUCAAUGCUGCGAUGAGUUACUUCGCGCUAUUAAGAAGCUUUGGA